AUGACAGUUUGGCAACGAAAAGAGUCGAGAGAAAAUCACAAUUACACAGACUACCACUCUUACAUAUCACGUUUAACUGUUCGAUGCCAAUUGACACUUAUGUUUUGGGAUUCUGCUGCCCUAAUUCGUCUUUCUCCAUGUUUUCAAUUGCAACUAUUCACUAUUAGAAAGGACUUCCAUACCAUCUUUUGGGUGCAAUCAGCCCUACUAUCCAUUUUAUUGCAAAUGAUGAAAUUGGUAUGGCUCCAAAAGCUACCAGGAAGGCUGUUUUUUCCACAGACACAACGGAAGAACGAAGUGAAAGACUCAGAAGUCGAUAAUCUAGUACGACAAGAGAUCAAAACCAGAAACCCCUUGAAAUUUUGUCAAGAUUCAGUUUUUAUAAAUAUACAUCAACUUGAAAGCAGACCCAACAAUCUGAACACUUGA